GUGUAGCUGAACUCGCUUCAAAUGGAUCAGUGCAAGGAAAAGCGAGAUGCAGUGGAAGUGAAUGCUGUUGUUGAUGAUGUUUCUUCUCCAAAAGCUAAGGAAAAAGUGAAUGAGGAUUUGGAAGCAGAGUCACUUUUGGCAAUGGCAGUGAUUAAGAAUCAGCUGAAUGGGAUCCACAUUGAUUCAAAAAAUCACAAUUGGAGCCCUCAAACACCUAACAUAGGUGUUUUCGACCCUUUUGCUCCUGCAUCUGAAGACAUGGUGCGAGCACCCCGCUCUCGCAAGUAUCACGAAGAAAUGAGGAACGGUAUUACUCGCAAACUUCUAUUCUGUUCCGCCACUCAACAUCAAGAUGAAUCUGUUUCAGAGUAAAAGCUAUUGCAGGAAGCUUUUCUUUUGUAUAAUUUUCAGUGAACAAUUGGCAUUUGACCAAAGCUAAUAAAUAGAUGUAGCAUUAGCAAUAGCAGCAACACUAAAGUACACUACUUUUGAUGUUAGAUUGUGUUACAAUGAACUACAUUCUAGU